AAAAGAUCGUCAUAGAGUUGAGCUUAUUGGCUGCCAUUUUAGUAUUAAUAACCGCCAUCUUUUUCUUGGUUAUAGCGACCUUUAAUCAUCACCUUUCAUUUGUUUUUAAAUUGUGAUUGUGUAUUUAAUUUAAAUCUAUUUCUUACAUUUAGUUAUAUUUAGUGAAAGUAGUGUUUCAUCAAUUCUCAUAUUAUCAUGCCUGGAACCACUGAAAAUGAACAACAACAGAUUCAGCAGCAGCAGCAACAGCAACAACAACAACAACAAGGUGAAGAAUCAAAUGAUGUAAAACCUAAUAUUGAUACUGAGAACUCAAAUAAUGCUACCACUUCUGAUAAUCAACAACAAGGAGAUCAACAAGGUGAUCAACAAGACAAUGGUAAUGGAGAGAAAGCUACAAAUGAAGAACCUGAACAAUUCAGGAAACUUUUUAUUGGGGGUUUAGAUUAUAAAACAACUGAAGACACACUUAGGGCCCAUUUUGCACAAUGGGGUGAAAUAGUCGAUUGUGUGGUGAUGCGUGAUCCACAAACCAAAAGAUCUCGUGGAUUCGGAUUCAUCACAUAUAGUAAAUCUACUAUGGUAGACGCGGCUCAAUCAGCAAGACCUCAUAAAGUUGAUGGCCGUGAAGUUGAACCAAAACGAGCUGUUCCUCGUGAGGAGUCAGGCAAGCCAGAAUCACAAGCAACAGUGAAAAAAGUGUUUUUAGGAGGCCUCAAAGAAGAUGUCGAAGAAGAAGAUCUUAGAGAUUAUUUCAAAGAUUUCGGUAAUAUUGUCAAUGUAAAUGUUGUCACUGAAAAAGAAACUGGAAAGAAACGCGGUUUCGCUUUUGUAGAGUUUGAUGACUAUGAUCCUGUAGACAAGAUAGUCUUGAAAAAGCAUCAUGUCAUUAAGGGAAGAAAAACUGAAGUUAAGAAAGCUUUAGCUAAACAAGAAAUGGAUAAUUUGAAACGUAAGGCCGAAGCUCGUCAUAUGCCUGCAGGUAGAGGAGGUCCUGAUUCUCGUAAUGCUCCUGUUUGGGAAUCUGGUCCCUAUAACAGUGGGUUUGGCGGCGGUUACGGUAAUCAGGGAGGAUACGGUGGUUCUUAUGGGGGAGGCUAUGGCCAAGGUUAUGGCCAAGGGUAUGGUAAUCAAGGAUGGAAUCAGGGUAGUGGAUACGGUGCCGGUGGUGCUGGAUGGUCUAGUGAUUAUCCUGGCGGCUACGGUGGCGGCGGUGGAGGCUAUGGUAGCGGCGGAAGCGGUGGACCUGUUCGUGGCGGUGGCUAUGCGCAUAGAGCGACCGGACCGUACGGAGGUAUUAAAUCUAACAAAAAAACAUUCAAAAAAAGUCACUAUGGCUCCAGAAAUGAGCAUUAAAGGCAGAUGUUCAGAUAAAAAUCAGAUCAUGGUCAGAUAUUCAGAUUGGAUUGAACAUAAUUAGAAUGCGAAACCCACCGAUUGUCUAUUCAAUUAUAAGCUUACCGGAAAUUAAUUUUCAACAAUUUAUCAUUUCAAAAGUUGAUUAGUAUAACGAUUAUCCGGACAUUAACUUGAAUAUUUUAAUAAUUUACACAUCAAAUGACGGAUUGAAAUACAUAAUGUAAAUGAGCCGAAUCAUUUGAUAACAUACAUUUUAAAAUUAAUGACAGUCAAUAAUGAACAGAGCAAUUUAAAACAAUGCUAAUCACCAUGACAAUGAUAAUCAUCCAGGGAAUUAAUACAUGCAUAAAUGUAUAUGAUAAUUUUAGGGACUGAAUUUUGUAUGUGUCUCUACAGUCUAUUUGAACAUUAAUUUAAUGUUCAUUGUCGAUUGACUAAAACAACUCAAACCAGGAGAUUGUCUCUUUGUAACUCCUUCAUAAGCCAAUCUACUAAUCAACCAGUUAGUUAAUUUACUUAAUUGAUUGGAUUGAUCAAUAAUGUCCCAAUACUGAAUUAAAUUGACUAAUAUUUGCAUAAAAACUGCUAGCAAAUCCCCAUACAUUUUAAAUUAUAAAUUUACAAAUAACUAUUCGAUUGAAAAAGAUGAAAGAUUGACACUGGAAGUGAAAUAAACCCUUUUAUACAAAAUAGCUGGUAAAUCAAUCAUCUAUUCAUAGCAAUCAUUAUCUGUGUUAAAUAUCAAAUAAAUUGAUCCAUUUAUAGAAUCAUUCGGUAUAAUCAAUCGCUUUCCUUCAAAUUGUAAUUGAUUAACUAGUAGCUUUCAUCUUUUUUACCCGUUUUUCAAGUUUGAUAAGUCAACUAUCGAUUCAAAGCCCAAUAAUUUACGUGUACAUUCACAUCUGAGUUUUCAUCCUCUACAUGCCAUUAAUUUAAUGUUCAUUGUCGAUUGACUAAAAUCAACUCAAACCAGGAGAUCGUCUCUUUGUAAAUCCUUCAUAAGCCAAUCUACUAAUCAACCAGUUAGUUGUAAAAAGCUGUCCGAUUAAUAAGCGAAAAUAAAUAAAUUAGAUUGAAA